CGUAUACGUUAUUUUUGUCCGUCGGUUAGGUGUGUGUGUGUGUGUGUGUGGGUCUGUGUGUAUUACAUUAGUACGUGUAUACAUAUUGUAAAGGGUGUGUGAGUGUGUAUACGACACUCGAGUUUUUUUUAAAUUUAUCGUUUCCCCUAGUAUUGUCCGAUGAGAUACGUAUACCUCUGCGAAUACCUGUUUGUAUAUACAUCACAGCAAGGAACUGCAGUUUAUCCCGCGUUAUUACUUAUAUUUUACCGUUGAAUGAAAACGAUAGUUAUAAUGUCAAAGUUUGUUUCGCCGUACGCAAUUGCAAUGAAUCCAGAAAAAAUUAUAUUAAUACUUGACAUUCCAACAUGACGAUAAGACGCCCGCAGAUGAUAAAAUAAUAUGUUUUGCUGCAGAAUGCACUGUAUUACGUACCUAUAUAUAAACUGAAAACUACAUAACAUUGAAAAAUUUCGGCUACCGUCCUGUGACUGUGAUGGCAGAUAUGAUAAAAUGCUGUGAACAUAUCGACGAGACUGAUAUCGAUUGUAACCAUCUUCAAUUGAUUGGAAGCAGCUUAGAUUUGGCAGCACAAGAUUCAAAAAAUAUAACACUUCCGUACCUGAAUAUUUAUUCAUACAAUCGUCAAGGUGAAUGUGAUAUUCGUGUCAAUAUAAUAUCUAACAGUCAUGAACAUGUGGAAUCUACAAUCGUUCGAAAGAUUGUUUUCGAUACAUCAGUAACACAAGGCCACCAUCAUAAUUUAAAAUGUGAAUUCCCUGAUGAGGACCAUUUAAAUUAUUGUAAUCUUGUAAACUGUCAUAUGAAAUAUUCUGGAUAUCGAGGAUUUUUUAGUACAGCAAAUAAAAAAUGUGUACAAAUUCCGGAAUGCCAAUCUAAAAAUAAUAGUGAUCAAGCCUAUAUCUGGUCUAACAACCAAUGUGUAGAUCUAAAUCACACCAUUACACAAAAAGACAUUCAAGAAGUAUUGUAUAGGAUAAAUAACAAUAAGAGCGACGAACAGUUCCAUACAUUCGACAAAAUGCAUUCUAACCAAAAAAUCCAUUGUCACAAUGGAUAUUUGAACAACUAUACCGAUUUUUGUGAAUGUGAUCUUGGAUGGGAAAAUGAAAACAAUAUGAAUUUGGAUGAUUUUAUACCGUCAACUAUACCAUUACAAAUGUGUACGGUUCGUCAGAAAAUUUCUAGAAAUCGCAUGCAGAGUUUAAAACAUGCUACAAUACCAGAAAACUGUACAUUCGUGGAACUUAUUUGUUCAUUGUUCAUUAGUUGUGUGAUUAUAAUAAAUAUUAUGUUGCUACUAUAAAUAUAGUGUAGAAGUUGGUUUAAUAAGUUUAAUUAGUAAAUAGUAAAUAUUUUCAACAGCAUGUGAUUCAUUUAUUGUUAUAAUUUGUACUAGACAUUUCUGUAAACGUUCUCAG